AUAUUAUUCUUGUACACUCGAUAAAACAACCCCUUGUAACAAAACCCCUUUUUUGCUAUUCAAAGCGGAAGAUUUUUAAAGUUACUACCAUUGCCUUGUAGAAAGUUGCGAAGGAGUAGCAAAGCAAAUUCUCCGCUCGUCUCAGCAGCAGCAGCAGCUUGUACUUCCCAAAAAUGGCGUCUGGCGGCGUGGGAGGAGGACUGGUAGAGUGGCACCUACGGCCACAAGUACCAAAAAAUCCAGUUGUGUUUUUCGACGUAACAAUUGGCAAUAUUCCUGCUGGUCGCAUCAAAAUGGAGCUCUUCGCUGAUAUCACUCCCAAAACUGCUGAGAAUUUCAGGCAACUGUGCACGGGAGAGUUCAGGAAAGCAGGAGUACCACAAGGUUUCAAGAAUUGUCAGUUCCAUAGGGUGAUUAAGGACUUCAUGAUCCAAGGUGGUGAUUUCCUAAAGGGAGAUGGUAGUGGAUGUGUUUCCAUAUAUGGAAGCAAGUUUGAGGAUGAAAACUUUAUUGCCAAGCACACUGGUCCUGGCCUAUUAUCAAUGGCGAAUAGCGGACCAAACACUAAUGGAUGUCAGUUUUUUGUCACAUGUGCAAAGUGCGACUGGCUUGACAACAAGCAUGUUGUUUUUGGGCGUGUUCUUGGAGAUGGUCUUUUAGUGGUCAGGAAGAUCGAGAAUGUGGCUGUUGGAGCUAACAACAAACCAAAGCUGGCAUGCAUGAUUGCUGAAUGUGGGGAGAUGUAACUGGUGAAAAUAAAUGUUAAACACAGAUGAUUUGGUCUAUCAGUACUAAAUUUAGGUUUCAGUACAUGAAAACACCCAUCUGUACCUGGUUCCUCAACUCCCCAAAAGGCCCGUUGAGUUGAUUCAUGAGAUCUUUAUCAAUUUCAUUGACAAUUAACAGUGGUCUUUCUCCCUCUCUAGAAUCGUAGUGAACAAGUGAAAUGUAGUGGAAACAAGUGGUUCCUAUGUCAAAUUACAUUGGAAGAUUUUUGAUAAGGAUGCAAGUGUGCUGGUA